AUGCCUCCCCCCACGUGGUUCACCCACGAUUGCACCCUCCUUCGCUGUGCCCACCACCUGGUGUUCGCAGUUAUCUCCCUGACCAGGCAGAGUGCCAGCAUCGUUCUCCCUCAUUUAUCGCAGCACGAACGCUGUCUCCACACGCCGGCCAUCUGUGCCGCCCUCCCCGAGGAGUACGAGAGAACUUUGUCGUUCAAAAAGAGGAAACGAGCGACAACGGGAACUACUGGACGCUGUUUCAACCCUCAGCUCCGGGUCCACAGAGCAGGUGUUGAGCAGCUGUUGGUGGUUAAAGAAGAAAUUCCCCCUGAGCAGCAGGAGUGUAGCUCUAGUGUGGACCAGCAGGAGCCAGAGGCCCCCCCACACAUUAAAGAGGAACAGGAGGAACUGUGGAGCAGUCAGGAGGGAGAGCAGCUUCAAGGGCUGGAGGAGGCUGAUAUCACCAAGUUCUCAUUCACUCCUGUCCCUGUGAAGAGUGAAGAAGAUGAAGAGGAAGAUGUUAAUCAGCUGUUGGUGAUUAAAGAAGAGGUUCCCCCUGAGCAGCAGGAGUGUAGCUCCAGUGUGGACCAGGAGGAGCCAGAGUCCCCCCCACACAUUAAAGAGGAACAGGAGGAACUGUGGAGCAGUCAGGAGGGAGAGCAGCUUCAAGGGCUGGAGGAGGCUGAUAUCACCAAGUUCCCAUUCACUCCUGUCCCUGUGAAGAGUGAAGAUGAUGAAGAGGAAGCUCAGUCCUCACAGCUUCAUCAGAGACAAACUCAACACAUGGAAACAGCUGAUGGAGAGGACUGUGGAGGACAAGAACCAACCAGGAACUCCCAUCCAUAUCCACUUUUAAAACCAGAGACUGGAAACCAGACUAGAGACUCUGCUGAACCUGAGACUAAUGACAGUGCUGAUUGGAAGGAGACCAGAGAACCUCAGUCAGCUUCAAACUCUCUGAAACAUGAUUCAAGAUGUAAGAAAACAUUCAGCUGCUCUGAGUGUGGGAGGAGAUUUGGUAACAAGUCACAUCUGAAGAGACACAUGAGAACUCACACGGGAGAAAAACCUUUCAGCUGCUCAGUCUGUAAGAAAUCUUUUAGACUGAGUGGAAGUUUACGGACACACAUGGUAGUCCACACAGGAGAGAAAAGAUUCAGCUGCAGUGUUUGUAACAGAAGAUUUGCCUGGCAGCAUCAUGUCAAAAGACAUAAAUGUGUUGGUCAGGUGGAAACAGAAGCUGAUGGAGAGGACUGUGGAGGACCAGAACCAGCCAGGAACUCACAUCCAGAGACUGGAGACCAGACUGGAGACUCUUCUCAUCCUGAGACAGGUGACAUGGAAUAAUGUUUGUGCCUUUAAGUCCAAUCAAAACUUCUCAA